AUUGAAGCGCCGAAAAUGGUAAAAGACUGGGGAAGCAAAAAAAGUGAGUGUUGGUUAUGUUUCGAAAGGGUGACAGGUCUCGUUCUCAAUGGAUCUGGUGUUCUCAAUUCCAAUGGAAAAAGCUGGUGGUCUUCUGUUGGCUCAUCCUCCCGACCAGAGGCAGUGAGAUUUCUUGGGUGCCAAAACAUUUUAUAUAAUGGAUUAACUCAAAUCAAUAGUCCAAGGAAUCACAUAUCAGUUGUUGGUUGCACCAACGCAACUUUAUUAAAUCUUCAUUUGAUCUCACCCUCAAGCAGUCCAAAUACUAAUGGCAUUGAUAUCUCUGUUUCACAUAAUAUCCAAAUUCACAGUUCAUCAAUCAAAACCGGUGAUGAUUGCAUUUCAAUUCUAGGUGGUUCUUAUGAUAUCAACAUAACUUAUGUGACAUGUGGUCCUGGUCAUGGCAUAAGUAUCGGAAGUCUAGGGAAAGGAGGGGCAAAUGAUAUAGUACAAAAUGUGAAUGUCAGACAUUGCACCUUCACUCGAACUGAAAAUGGCGCAAGAAUCAAGACUUGGCCUGGAGGACGUGGGUUUGUCAAAAAUAUUUUGUAUGAAGAUAUUACUCUGAUAAAUGUCAGAUCCCCCAUCAUCAUCGAUCAACAUUAUUGUAACGGUGUUCGUCCGUGUCCACAACCAGCAGGGGCAUCUGCUUUGAAAGUGAGUGGCGUGACAUAUAGAUACUUUAAAGGGACAAGUUUUCCCGAUGUUACUGCAGUAAAAUUAGAUUGUGACCAAAGAACAGUUUGUGAUAACAUCGUCAUGGAGCACAUCAAUAUCACUUCCUCAUCUCAGAGAAGGCCUCUCGCCUCGUACUGCAGAUUUGCGCAUGUAAUUAGACGCUUUGUUUCCAUUGGCAUCAAUUGUGGUUUUCAUGUCAAUCCCCAAACUCCAUCAGUUGCACCGUAUGUUUUACCUCAGGCACCGUAUUCUGAACCUCCCGCACUCACCGCUCAACCUACAUCACCCACACCGUAUGCUACACCUUCGACACCAACUUCUCAACCUCCAGCACCAAUUGCUAUAUCCCCGACACAACAUGCUGAGCCUCCAGCAUUGCAUACUCUAUCUUCAACACCGUAUGCUGAACAUCCACCAACUGUUCAUUAUUCACUAUUCUCUCCUUUUAUAUACUAAUUCUAAUUAAAGCCUUCUUGUCAAGUUGAAUAAAUUUACUAUAUCAAUGUUGUGACGAUGUAUGUCACUAGCUAGUACAAAUUAAGUAAAACAAGUUAAUUUGUCAACCAGAGGACUCGA